AUGAUUGUUUAGACUUUUUAGAGAGACCUUUGGAUGAAGAGGGACCUUUGGCAUGUUGGUGUUUUAUUUAGAAGUUUAUAUUUUUGUGAGCUUUUGUUAUACGGGCACUACAUGUAUACACUAGCAGUCUCGUGACAUAAUUCGUCAUAAUGUUUGUAUAAGAAUAUUAACAAUAAUAAGUCGAAGGACGCGUGACGCGUGAUCGAGGCCGGAACUGAGUUGUCAGUUGUUUCACUAGUGCCACUAGUACUAGUAGUGGUUGCCGAUUCAAUUUCUCCACUAGCACAAUCGUUAAAGAUCAUCGCAGCACAAGAUUCAAAAGAGGUAGAUCAGGAACCAAGAUGACGCCAGCCAAGCUGUGCCUUGCUCUUCUUUCAGUCCUACUCUCCGUUUCCAUCGCUGUUGCCGGCUUCCCAUUCCAGAAUACCUCCUUGUCCUGGGAGGAGCGUCUAGAUGACCUCAUCCCCAGACUCUCCCUGGAUGAGAUUGCCGCCCAGAUGACCCGAGCAGGCUACAAGAGCAACGGCCCUACAUUUCCGAUCACACGACUCGGUAUCGGCCCAUAUAACUGGUGCACUGAGUGUCUACGUGGUGAUGUCGAUUCUGGGAAUGCAACAUCAUUUGCAAUGCCAAUUGGUUUGGCUGCAUCAUUCAGUGUUGAUCUACUCACUGAUGUUGGCACAGCUACCAGUACAGAAGUCCGUGCCAAGUAUAACAACUACACAAGCCACGGGAUAUACAAGGAUUUUGGAGGACUGAGCUGCUUUAGUCCUGUCAUCAACAUUGUGAGACAUCCCCUGUGGGGAAGAAUUCAGGAAACCUAUGGUGAGGAUCCUUUCUUGACGGGAGAGUUUGCCAAGGCAUAUGUGGCUGGUCUACACGGAGAUGAUGCACGCUAUGUCCGUACAAGCUCAGGCUGCAAACACAUGUUUGCCUACGAUGGACCCGAGGAUAUACCAUCAUCCCGAUUCAAAUACAAUUCAGUUGUGAGUGAGGCAGACAUGCAGAUGACAUACAUGCCAAUGUUCCAUGAAUGUGUCAAGGGCGGAACAUUCAACUUGAUGUGUAGCUAUAACAGCAUUAAUGGUGUUCCUGCCUGCGCCAACAAGAAAUACUUGACUGACGUUGUCCGUAAUCAGUGGGGCUUCAAAGGUUACGUCACCAGCGACGAUGAAGCGCUGGAGUUCCUUCACACUGCUCACAACUACACCACAGGCCCGCUAGACUCGACCGUAGCGGCCAUCCAGGCUGGUUGCAACCUGGAGCUGACAGGGGCCAAGGUGCCCAUUUACACUCACCUGACCCAGGCCGUGCAACUGGGCCUGAUCAGCAUGGAGCAGAUGACCACCCUGGUCCGGCCGCUCUUCUACACCAGGAUGAGGCUCGGGGAGUUUGACCCCCCAGAGAUGAACCCAUACACCAAGCUGAACGUGGAUGAUGUGGUGGAGAGUGCCGCGCAUCAAGAGCUGGCUGUCUCUGUGGCUGUCAGGACGUUUGUCUUGCUGAAGCACAUCGGGAAAGUCCUACCAGUCGGCAAGAUUGAAACACUGGCUGUUGUCGGCCCUAUGGCAGACUCGCCCUACGAUCCGUUCGGAGACUACCCACCAGGCACUUCGCGUGAAUACAUCACUACAGCCAGGGAGGGCUUGAUGAAGAUUGCAUACAAAGUGAAAUACGCUGGCGGCUGCGAUGACCCCAAGUGUGACAAGUAUAAUCAGACUGACAUCAUGGAUGCUGUCGCUGAUGUGGACUUUGUCGUUGUAUGCUUGGGCACAGGUACAUCAGUAGAGAGUGAGUCUAAGGACCGCAAAAACAUGACCCUGCCAGGUUCUCAGCUACAGCUCCUACAAGAUGCUGUCAAAUAUGCCAAAGGCCGACCAGUGGUUCUACUCCUCUUCAACGCCGGACCGUUGAACGUCACCUGGGCUGAUGAAAGUCCCGACGUUCACGCCAUUGUGGAGUGUUGGCUCCCUGCUCAGGCAGCAGGCUUGGCUGUCGCUCGUUUUAUGACCAAUGGCCCGGAUGGCAAUCCUGCAGGAAGGCUACCGUUCACAUGGCCGGCUUCUAUGGAUGAUGUGCCUCCAAUGACCAACAAUAGCUUCUUCAAUCGUGGUUAUCGUUACUUCACUGGCACCCCCUUCUACCCGUUUGGUUAUGGUCUGUCCUUCACCGAGUUCACUUACGACAAGGUCGUGGUGUCCAACCCUCUUCUUAAACCCUGUGAUGAUAUGCACGUCAGUGUGACCUUGACCAAUGUUGGCCAUUAUGCCGGAGAUGAGGUGCUUCAGGUGUACAUCGGCUGGCCGGAUGCAGUCUACCCGGUACCCAAACUCCAACUGGGAGCAUUCCUCCGUGUGCAAACAACCCCUCAGAAUCAGAUUACCAGCUACCUGACCGUUCCAGCCCGUGUGAGGGCGAUCUACAACACACAGGCUGACACCCUGAUGGUCCAGCCGGGCAAGUUCUAUCUCUACGCCGGUGGUCAGCAGCCUGGGCAGAAGAGACGCAUAAGCUCCAAUGUCCUGACAUCUGCAUUCACCGUGAUGGGGUCGAUGACAAAACUAUCAGACUGCCCUCAAUAGUUAAUAGGUGACAGGCACAAAUGUUGGAGGUACCGGUGGGGGGUAAACCUUUAGCUAUGGUUAGGAUUAAUAUUCCUCUAAAGUUAUCACUGUGCUUGUUGAUUGUGGCCAGUUUCAUAAACCGAAGUAGGAAAAAGUUGGUUACCAAAAUGCUG